UCUCUCUCUCUCUCUCUCUCUCUUCUACCUCGCUCCCAUAUACUUGUCGCAUCUCUUUGUUUUGGGCGCAUUGCUGGAUACUGAGAUGCGAGCGACUUGUUUGGGAUGGCUGGUAGCAGUAGUCCUUUACCAGCUCUUACUUUUGACAGUUACCGAGGCGCAAGUUGCUGAUGACUACCUCGUAGCAGAUCUUCCGGACUUGUCGCCAGAGGAUGCGGCUCAACUAAAACAAUAUGCAGGACAUAUUGCACUGGAUCCUGCGAGGGAGUCGAACCUGUUUUUCUGGAUGGUCACUAACAGGCAUCCGCAAAACGGCUCCAAAUUGAUCAUCUGGUUGAACGGAGGACCUGGAUGUUCAAGCGCAGAUGGAUACUUCCUGGAAUCAGGACCAUUGCGCUUCGUGGACAAGAAGUUGACAAUUAACAAGGGCGGAUGGCACGAGUUUGCCAAUGUUGUGUUCUUGGAUCAACCUGUCGGAACCGGACUGAGCUACACAUCGCAGCAAUUACUUGGAUCUCUACCUGAGAUCACAGACCACUUCCUAGCAUUUCUUAAAGCGUUCUUCCAGAUUUUUCCAGAGCGUGCUCAAGAUGAUCUAUAUCUUGCAGGAGAAAGUUACGCCGGUACGUACAUACCCUAUUUUGCCAGGGGUAUUUUGGACCAUAAUGGAAAUGUGCCCAAGGACGACGUUGCGUACAAUUUAAAGGGCCUUGCCAUCGGAAAUGGCUGGAUCGAUCCGCUGCAUCAGUAUACCUCUUAUAUCCCAUAUAUCGUACAACAUGGCAUCUCGACACCGGAUUUACUGGAUGAGCUGGUCUCCCAACAGGACCGAUGUUUGGAUGAUAUCCGGUUGCAUGAUCGCAUUUCCCAGAAUAGAUGCGAGGACCUUGUCCAGACCAUCUUACAGCACAGUGUCACAACUGAUCUCUCACCGAUGUGUACCAACCAGUACGACAUCAGAUUGGUGGACGAAUAUCCAUCGUGCGGCCUGCUCUGGCCGAAUGAGCUGCCGCAGAUGAAGGAGUAUCUCACCAGAAAUGAUGUCAAGGCUGCGUUACACGCAAAUGGAGCGAUAUUACCGUGGACUGAAUGUAGCACGCGUGUCAGUUCGGCCUUGAGAUUCGAUGAUUCAAUGCCGGCGAUAUCGCUUCUGCCCGCUAUUUUGGACAGGGUCAACGUCCUGCUGUUCAGCGGCGACAAGGAUUUGAUCUGUAACCAUAUUGGAACGGAGUACCUGAUCUCGAACAUGACAUGGCAGGAUACUAAGGGGUUCCAGGAUGCUCCCGCGAUCCCCUGGAUGGUGGAUAACGAACCUGCAGGGCUAUGGAGGCAGGACAAGAACUUGACGUAUGUGCUGCUCUACAAUGCAUCCCACAUGGUCCCCUAUGAUGCACCAUUGGCAGCAUUGGACAUGAUGAACCGGUUUAUGGGUCUGGAUCCUAGGAUGCAGACCUUUACCUCUCAUCUAGACACAGAUACCAGUGAAAAUCAAAACCUUCCUCCUGGAGGCGAGAAGGUCGACAUUGGCCAACCCAAGAGAUCUUUCUUCUCAGCAAAUGUAGCGGCAGUGCUGUUGCUCGUGAUGAUCGCAGUCGGCAUCGGUAUUUUCGUCGUUGUCAGGAAAAACCAGCAACAGAAGAAACUUGGUGAUGCACACGACGGUAUCCAGUGGUUCCCCCUCAGUAACAGCCGUUCGUCUGUUCGUGGACGCGAACCUGUGCACACGGAUGAACUGGAUGAGCUGGUGAUCGAGAGUGCCAUACAUGACAGUGAGGAUGAAUACCACGAUGACGACGACGAGCGUACAUUCGGCUCGCAGGAUAGACGGGUAUAAAGCGCAUUAGUACAACAGCAUUAAAAUAGCCCUCCGGCUUGUUCAUUAUUCGUCUUACUAUUUGUGCCUAAUAAAGUCCGUAGAAUAAAUAAAUAAA